UCUGUGUAGCUCUGUUGCUACACGCAUUUGACUGUCAAAAUUAAAACCCCUCCUCUCCUCUGUAAGCCUCCGAUUUGGUCUUCAUUGUCACCUCCAUUCCUCUCUCUCUCUCAAGAACCACAAUAUAACACCCCAGAAGCGCCUUCCCUCUAAGAACCGUAUAUACCCACCUGUCCAAUACUUCUCUGUUUCAUAUAAAUCUCUCUCUCUCCCCGUCUCUGUUCAUCCAUAUAUCUCUCUUCAUAUAGAUUUUGGCCUCCUUUCACACCACCCGACCUCUCUCUCUCUCUCUCUGAAACAAAUCUCACAUACCCACUUGUCCAACUCUUCUGUUUCAUAUAAAUCCCUCUCUCUCUCUCUCUCUCAAGAAAAAAAACAGAGCAAAAACAGAGCAACCCCUUAUACCCACUUGUCCAACUUUUCUGUUUCAUAUAGAUCUGUCUCUCUCUCUCUCUCUCUCUCUCUCUAGCUUGUUGCAGAAGAGAUGGUGCGCUAUCAGAGAUACCAUCAGCUGAGAAAAGGUGAAGUGGCUGUUUUCGAAGAAGAUGAGGAGUCACAAGCCUUAGUUUUUGUCUUUGGAAACUCUGCUUACAACAACAAGAGAGCAAGGCCUAAACUUAUCUCUCUCCUCUUUCUCUCUCUUCUCUCCUGCAGCUUGAUUCUAGCCCCUCAACUCUUCAACUUUCCCCCUAACUUUUCCCUCUUGUAUUCAUUUGGACUUGAAGAUCAAAACCUUGUCAAUGGGAUGGAUGUCAAUGCUUCCCUAUGCUCUUCAAUUUCUAGUGGAACCAUAUGUUGUGAUAGAAGCAGCAUUCGCUCAGAUAUAUGUAUGAUGAAGGGGGAUGUGAGAACACACUCUGUUUCCUCUUCAAUCUACCUUUACAGCUCAAAAAACACAAGUGACUUCACUGAUCAUUUAUCCGGUAUGGCCAAAAUUGGCAAAGAUGAGCAAGAAGUGGAGCUCCAACAUGAAAAGGUCAAGCCAUAUACCAGAAAAUGGGAGACAAGUGUUAUGGGCACCAUUGACGAAUUAGACCUUAUCUCAAAGAAACAAAAAUUGGGUGCUCAACAUGUGUGUGAUGUCCGGCAUGAUGUGCCUGCAGUGUUCUUCUCGACAGGGGGCUAUACCGGUAACGUUUAUCAUGAAUUCAAUGAUGGAAUUUUGCCUCUUUACAUUACUUCUCAGCAAUUCAACAAGAAAGUUGUGUUUGUUAUUCUCGAGUAUCAUAAUUGGUGGAUUACCAAGUAUGGAGAAAUUCUUUCACUUCUCUCAGAUUAUCCCCCAAUAGAUUUUAGUGGUGAUAAGAGAAUCCAUUGCUUCCCAGAAGCCAUUGUUGGUCUAAGAAUCCAUGAUGAGUUGACUGUGGAUUCUUCAUUGAUGGAAGGGAGAAAGACAAUCAGAGAUUUUCGAGACCUUCUAAACCGAGCUUAUGAGCCCCGAGUUAGAGGUCUAAUUCAAGAGAAUGAACAGAGAGCCCAGUUGAAUUCGAAUGAGAAACUUCCUGGUGUGCCUUCAUCAAAGAAAUCAUUAGAAAUGGUACAGGAAAAGCGAGAAUUGAAAAAACCAAAACUGGUCAUAUUAUCUAGAAAUGGAUCAAGAGCGAUAACUAAUGAAGAUUCAUUGGUGAAAAUGGCUGAAAAUAUUGGGUUUCAAGUGAAAGUUUUAAGGCCUAAUCCGACCACAGAAUUGGCAAAGAUGUAUAGGGCACUUAAUUCAAGCGAUGUUAUGGUUGGUGUCCAUGGUGCUGCCAUGACCCAUUUUCUCUUUUUAAGGCCUGGCUCCGUGUUUAUCCAAUUGGUGCCCCUCGGAACAGAAUGGGCUGCAGAGACUUAUUAUGGGGAACCUGCAAGGAAGCUCGGUUUGAAGUAUAUUGGGUACAAAAUCGUGCCCAGAGAGAGCUCAUUGUACGACGAUUAUGACAAGAGCGAUCCUGUUCUGAUGGACCCUAACAGUGUGGCCCAAAAGGGAUGGGAAUUCACUAAGAAGAUCUAUCUUGAUCACCAAAAUGUGAGGUUGAAUCUUGGAAGAUUCAGGAAGAGGUUGGUUCGCGCCUAUGAUCACUCCUUUGCUAAGAUGAACAAGCAUGCACACCUUCAACCACAGUAAUUUUUCAAAUUUCACUCAUUUUUUUGUUUGAAUAUCUUUUAACAUUUGUAUAUUAGUUAGCACCAGAAGAAGAUUAGGAAGAUGUUUUUGUAAAGAUUAGUGAUCAUUUCAAAAAAGUUGUAAAAGUUUACUCUUGGUAUAUAUUGUUACAAAGAUUCU